AUGGUUGGUGGGUUGCCGAAGGUGAGGCGCUGCAAGGUAGGUCGGUUGAAGGAGUCCAGACCAUCUAUUGUUUCCGAUUUGGGGGUACUGAUUAUCACCCACCAUCCUCUCCACUUCCACAGGUCGAUGUCUGAUUUCAUUUCAUUCUUAUGCAUCUAUCAAACACUUGAUCUAAGAGAUGGAGGCUUGGACUACCUUGGAAAAGGUGUUUCCAAGGUUGCUUCCAAUGUGAAUACCAUUAUCGACCCUGCUAUUGUAGGCAACGACCCAACUGAUCAAACUGGUACUGACAACUACAUGGUUCAAAAACAUGAUGAAACUAAGAACGAGAUACAAAGGUUAGCUGAUAUGAAAAGGUUAGCAUAUAUGAAUAAAACGAUUUUGGCACCGUGUGUUCUGUUAAACCGACCAACUAAAUUGGUUUGGGUAAUCAUCAUGGACAGAGUUACUGUUAAAAUCAUGUCAUGUUCAUGCAAAAUGGCAGAUAUCACAGAUGAAGGCGUUUCAUUGGUGGAACAAAUUCACAAGAGAAGACAACCAGUCCCCUCCAUGGAUGUCGCAGUAUACUACAUCCAACCAACAAAAGAAAAUCUUCACUUCCUAUUGGCUAACAUGGCUGGAAAAGUGCCUCUAUAUAAAGAAGUUUAUGUCUUCUUCAGUUCAUCUGUUUCAAAAGAAUUGGUUGCUGACAUAAAAAAGGAGCCAAGUAUAAAGUCUCGCUUACGCGGCAUGAAAGAGAUGAACUUGGAGUACUUUGCCAUUCAUAGCCAGUGUUUUAUCACAGAUCAUGGGAGCGCGUUGGAAGAACUUUAUGGGGAUGAAGAAUUUUCCCGAAAAGGAGAUGAAUGUGUAACUGCCAUGGCCAAUCGUAUUGCAACUGUAUUUGCUUCAAUGUUGGAGUUCCCAUUUGUGCGUUACAGAGCUGCCAAAUCACUUGACCCCAAAACAAUGACAGCAUUUUGUGAUCUAAUCCCUACAAAACUUGUUGCUGCUGUUUGGAAUAAUCUUAUGAAAUAUAAAACUCUCAACCACUUCCCACAAAUUGAAACAUGCGAUUUGCUCAUUUCUAUCUUGAAAUAA